AAGACGGGUUUUUUGGGGUGCUUAGGUUUCACUUUUUUCCUAGCAAAUUUUCCCGAGAAAAUCCCAAUUCUCCCAGAAAAAAAAAAUUGAAUUUUUAUGGGGAAAAAAUCAGCGGCGGCGAAAGAGGAGGAGGAGGAGGCUCUGCCGGACCAUCUCCGCUGCGGGCGCACGGACGGGCGGCAAUGGCGGUGCCGGCGGAGAGUGAUGGAGAAGCUGAAGCUGUGUGAGAUUCACUACCUGCAAGGUCGCCAUCGCCAAUUCAAGGAGAAGGUUCCAGAGUCUCUGAAGCUUCAGAGAAAGAGCAAGAAGAAUGACCCUUAUGUUCUCAACAAUGUGGAAAUUAGGGCACGGAAAGCGUGCAAAAUGGCGAAGAAAAAGAGGAAGCUUUCAGAGGGUUCAGAGGCAUUGGUUGUUGGUCCUGCUAGGAAGAAGGCUUUGAAGCAAGGUGAUAUGCAGUUGGAGUUAAUAAAGAUGGUUCUCAAAAGAGAGGUUGAGAAGAGGAAAAAGAUGAAGAACAACAACAACAACAACAACAACAAGAAAAAGAAGGAGGAGGAGGAAGAUGAUGAAGAAGGAGAGGAAUUGAAUUAUAGCGAAGGAGAGUUGAGGAGAGAAUUGCCCAAUGGUGUAAUGGCAAUCUCUCCAGCUUCAACACCCCAUGAUUACAACAAUGUGGGUUCACAUUGUGAUGUGAAAGUGGGUGUUGAUCAUAAAGCAGUUACGCCACGUUACUUCAGGUCCAAGAAUGUUGAGAGGGUCCCUGUUGGGAAGUUGCAGGCUGUACCAUAUAAACCAAACUUGAAGAAAAGUAAGACUAAGAGGAAGAAGUGUCAUUGGUGCCAGAGAAGUGAUUCUUGGAAUCUUAUAAAGUGUUCGAGCUGUCUUAAGGAGUUUUUCUGCAUGGAUUGCAUUAAAGAACGGUAUUUUGACACUCAAAAUGAAGUUAAGAAGGCAUGUCCAGUUUGUCGAGGAACUUGCACUUGUAAGGACUGCUUGGAAAGUCAAUCCAAAGACAGUGAAAGUAAGGAAUAUUUUGCUGGUAAAAGCAGAGUAUGUAGAAUAUUGCAUUUUCAUUAUUUGAUCUGCAUGCUCCUUCCAGUACUAAAGAAAAUAAGUAAAGAUCAGGAUACUGAGCUAGAAACAGAAGCAAAAAUUAAAGGGAAAAAUAUUUCUGAAAUUCAAAUCAAGCAGGUUGAAUUUGGCUGCAAUGAGAAAAAUUACUGUAAUCACUGCAAAACACCUGUUUUGGAUCUCCAUAGAAGCUGCCCUAGUUGUUCAUAUAGCCUAUGCUUAAGCUGUUGUCAGAAAUUAAGUCAAGAAAGAACUUCUGGAGAAGUUAAAUCAUCUAUGUUCAAGCUACCUGAUGAAAUAAAAGCUUGCAUUGCCAGUGAUAGCUACACUUUGGAUGAGAACGCCAUUUCUAGUGGCAAAUUCACUGAUACUUCAAUAUUGCCCGAGUGGACAAAUGGUAAUGGUAUGGAUAGUGUAUCAUGCCUUCCCACAGAGCUUGGUGGUUGUGGUAAUAGCUACCUUGAUUUGAGAUGUAUUUUUCCCUCUAGUUGGAUAAAAGAGAUGGAAGUGAAGGCAGAAGAAAUUAUUUGCAGUUAUGAUUUUCCUGAAACCUCGGAUAAAAGUUCAAGCUGCUCUUUGUGUUUUGACACUGAUCAGAGUACUAACAGAUAUAAGCAGUUGCAAGAAGCAGCUCAAAGAGAAGAUUCAAUAGAUAAUUGCUUGUUUUGCCCCACAGUUUUGGACAUCAGUGGUGAUAACUUUGAGCACUUUCAGAAACACUGGGGAAAAGGUCAUCCUAUAGUAGUGCGAGAUGUGCUCCAAAGUACAUCAAAUCUCAGUUGGGAUCCCCUGAUCAUGUUCUGUACAUAUCUUGAGCAGAGCAUUACAAGAUAUGAGAAUAAUAAGGACUUACUUGCAUCUUGUUUGGAAUGGUGUGAGGUGGAAAUUAACAUUAGGCAGUAUUUUACUGGGUCUCUAAAAUGUCGUCCUCAGAAAAACAUUUGUCAUGAGAUGCUGAAACUAAAGGGGUGGCUUUCUUCCCAAAUAUUCAAAGAGCAAUUUCCAGCUCAUUUUGCUGAGGUAAUUGAUGCUCUACCAGUUCAAGAAUACAUGAAUCCCAUGUAUGGUCUUCUGAAUUUAGCUGCAAAUUUGCCACGAGGGAGUGCAAAACAUGACAUUGGGCCAUAUGUCUAUAUUUCAUAUGGCUGUGCUGACAAAGAAGCUGAUUGUGUGACAAAACUCUCCUAUGACUCAUAUGAUGUGGUUAAUAUUAUGAGACAUACCACGGAUGUCCCCCUCUCUACUGAACAGCUUACGAAAAUAAGAAAAUUACUGAAAAAACACAAAUCUCUGUGUCAUAUGGAGUCUUCAAUUGCUACUGAGCAGCUGCAGGAACAGAAAGUAAAAGGAAUAACAUUAUUGCCUGCUGAAGACAUGGAACAAAAAGGCUUACACAGUAUGGUUAAAGAAGAAAUGGACUUUUUCAGGAGAGUCAAUAGAACAUCUUGCAUCUCUACUGAAGCAAAAAAACCUGCUAGUCAGAGUUUAGACAGCAAUAUUUCCCAGGAUGGAGAAUGUGAUUUCUUUUCUGAUUCUGAUUCUGAACCCUCUUUACUUCUCCAUAGUACUGUUCAAACCACUAAAUUGCCUGCAAACCAUAAUCCUAGAAAUCCAUCUGAAAGCUCAAACAGUGAUAAAAAUAAGUUUACUGUGCGUUCGGGUGCCCAGUGGGACGUCUUUCGUAGACAAGAUGUACCAAAGCUCAUAGAAUACCUUAAAAGACAUCAUGAUGAAUUUUCUUAUGGCCAUAACUAUCACAAGAAGAUGGUUCAUCCAAUACUAGAUCAGAGCAUUUUUCUUGACAGUAAUCACAAAAUGAGACUUAAGGAGGAGUUUAAGAUUGAACCAUGGACGUUUCAGCAACAUGUUGGAGAAGCUGUCAUCAUUCCUGCUGGAUGUCCAUACCAAAUAAGGAAUCCUAAGUGUUGUGUUCAUGUGGCAUUGGAAUUCGUAUCACCUGAAAAUGUUAAGGAGUGUAUACAGUUGAUUGACGAGGUUCGACUAUUGCCUGAAGACCAUAAAGCUAAAGUAGACAAGCUGGAGGUGAAGAAAAUGGCACUUUAUAGCAUGAGUACAGCAAUCAAAGAAAUACGUGAGCUUACAUGCAAAACAUGACUACACCAGCUAAAAUAUACUUAAAUGCCUCUUCAUGUCUCAACCUCCCUACCAUAUUUUUUUUUCAUUUUUGUAUAGAUUAAUGCUCAAACCCAUCAAGAUCUAGCAAGGUACUUAUUAAAUUGAUUAAUUUCAGUCCGUAUCCAUUUUUGUCUGCUGUGACAUUUAUGCUUUACCUGA